CGUCCGCGCGCCUCAGCGUGCCCACGUUCCCGCGCCGGAAGUCGCUGCUGAAGGCAUCACGCUGGUUGGCGACUUCCGGUUUGUGGUUCCGGAUUUAUGGAUGAACGCACAAUGAAGGAGGAAGAGCUAGAGAGGAAAGCGGUAGAAGAGCUGCUGAAAGAAGCCAAGAGGGGAAAAGAUCGUGCCGAGACUAUGGGGGCAAUGGGCUGGAUGAAGUGUCCUCUUGCCAGCACCAACAAGCGAUUUCUGAUCAAUACCAUUAAAAACACUCUGCCGCCUGAUCGGGAGAAGGACAGCAGAUCAGAUGAUGAAAAGGAUACCAGGAGCCACAGCGGUGAAAGGAGGCAUUCAGAAAAGCACAGUUCUCAUCCCUAUAAAAGGAGCGAGGACUCGCGAAAAGACAAGAGGAGGUCUCCACCUUCAAGCAACAGCACAAGACAUAGACAGUCCAGAAGCGACAGCGAUAGACGAUAGCUGUGGAGUGGGGGGGUGAAGCAAUAAGGCUCAUACUGUUAUCCGUUUGCAAUAUGCAGGGUAUUUAAUAGUCAGUCUCAUCUGACUCUUAAAGGGGUAUUUCCACCUUAGACAUGUAUUCCACUUCUGGGGCAAAUUGUAGUGAAUGAAGAGAGCGAGGUACAUGGGCGGCCACCUUUCUGUGCAUUCUCUGUUUGGAUGAGAUGGCCAGCCCUCAGCACACCUUGAGUAACGGGGUCGGAGAACCCCGGCUCUGGAGAUAGGUACAGGUUCCAGAUGUGCGACCUGCAUCUGUGAGAUAUUUAUGGCAUAUCCUGUGGAUAUGCAAUAAUUGUCUAAGGCUACUUUCACACUUGCGGCAGGACGGAUCCGACAGGCUGUUCACCCUAUCGGAUCCUGCCGCAAGUGUGAAAGUAGCCUAAGGUGGGAAUACCCCUUUCAGACUGGCAAUGACUGUUAUAUGUUAUAAAUGCUUUCACUGCAGUUAUUACCUGCACACAAUUUUGGAUUAUAAAGGACAGUAAGCCACAUAUUUAUCAGAGGUGUAAUUCAUGACCUUCACAAUCUUGGGGUGAAGGGUAAUGUAUGCUGAACUUGGAGAGGUUCUUGCAGAUUUGAGGAAUGUUUGGCUAUCAUUGUAAAGAGCAAUGUUGCCCAACCUAUGGCUUUCCAGUUUUAGCAAAACUAUAACUCCCAGCAUGUCCCGGCAGCUUCUGACUGUCAGGCCAUGCCUAGAGUUUUAGGCAAGAGCUACAUGGCCGCUGUAAUCCCAUUCAUUUCUAUGGGAUCUCUGCUACCCAGCGAUCCGUGUCGCGCAACUAGUGUCGCCGUGGUGCAUCAGCAGGAAAGCCCCAGGUUAGGGGACACUGUAUAGAAUGUAGUGCUGUCAGGACAAAGGGCUUGCACUCUAACACAAAAAAUGGCCCCACGUGGUCUGUGCGUGUUCUGUAACCCUGCGUACCUGCCCUGGUGCAGGUUUGUAUGCAAAAAAUCUGCAUGGAAUCCGCACUAUUUAUUUAUUUUGGUUUUUGUCUUUGUUAACAACCCCAUUGAAGUUUCCAUUGGGGAAAACCAGUCUACAGAAGGUGCGGAAUUUUUGACAUGCUGCGGAUUUUAAAAUUUUGCACGGAAGAAAAAAAGCAAAGUGUACAUGAGAUCUUUCAAAUCUUAUUCAGUUUGUUGGUACUGUAUUACACUGCAGAUUUUCCGCACGAAGAUGCACUCGGAAAAAACGCACUUUAUCUGUAUUGUGUGCCCGUAACCUUAGGUUUGCUUUACAAGUGACUUAUUAGCUGCGGAAUUCCUGCAGCAGAAAAAAUAAAACGCACCAAAAGGGUGUGUUCACAUGCUGCAGAAUAGCUGUAGAUAGGAAGCAGUGUCAUUCUUUGCAUUGGAAAGGGUGAAAUCUGCAGAUUUAAAAUCCGCACCACAGGUCAGUUUCUGCUGUGGAUAUUUUCUGCCACAUGUGGCUGAGAAUUGCUGAAAGCUCAUUCACUUUGCUGGUACUUUACACUUCUGCAGAUUUGCUGCGCGAAAAUCCACGACAGCAAAUCCGCAGCUAAUCAGCUUCAAAGUGGGAUGUGUAAGAUUGGACACAAGGAUUUGCUGGUUUUUGCAAAAUACUGCUGUUCAUUUGUCUGGUAUUGCAGCUUAGUCUAAUUCCAGCGAGUGGAGCUGAGCCGCAAUACCAGACUCGGCCCACAGACAAGAGUGGCGCUGUGUUGUUUCUCACUUCAUCUUUGAAGAUUUGGUUACUGAAUAUUGAUUUUAGAGGCCAGGCUGCAGGUAGGCAAUGGAGGGAUGUAAAAAAUCUUUUAGUAAUGAACCCCAGAGCAAGCAACCGGAGUUCAAGUUUUCAUUUUGUAAGGCAUAAUGGGAAAUAAAUAAGAGGAUUACACCCGCUCAGUACUCACAGUGAGAUCAUCCCAGAGAAGCAUCCUAUAUAUCACAUAUUAAUGUUAUUAAUCACAUUGGGGACAAUUUUGUGGUAAGAAUAUGGCAGACAGCUGGUGUACGUACUUGGCACCACAUUUAUUCAGUGUAUAGCAAGAAAUUCUAGUGCAAUCUGUGGCAAAAAAAAAAAAACAACUAGCAUCCAUUCUUUGCAAAACA